CCGCACGCCGAGGGGGAGGCUCCUGUGCUUGCAGGCCACCUCCAGGGGGAUCGGCUCUGUGGUGGGAACACUGGGCCCCUGUUCAGGGAGCUGGUGCUGGAGGGCCCUUUCUGGCCGCCUCUGAAGCUGGGGCACCCCGAGGAGGCACCAGCAUCCAGGAUGUCCACACAGAGCACGAGCCCCCUGGAGCCCGAGGCCUCACCCCCGCAGCCUGGGAUUCCAAAGGCCCCAGGCCGCCAGCGGAGUCAUACGCUUCCCGCCAGCGAGUUUCGCUGCCUCACCCCAGAGGACGCUACCAGCGUGUUUGAGAUUGAGCGUGAAGCCUUCAUCUCUGUCCUGGGCAUCUGCCCUUUAUACCCGGAUGAGAUCAAGCACUUCCUGACCCUGUGUCCUGAGCUAUCCAUGGGCUGGUUCCAGGAGGGUCGCCUUGUGGCUUUCAUCAUGGCCUCACUUUGGGACCAGGAGAGACUCACUCAGGAGUCGAUGAAGCUGCACCGGCCUGGGGGCCACACUGCCCACCUCCGCGCCCUGGCCGUGCACCACACUUUCCGGGGGCAAGGCAAGGGCUUCAUCCUGAUGUGGCGAUUCCUGCGCUACCUGGGCGGCCAGCCAACAGUGCGCCGGGCCGUGCUCAUGUGUGAAGACAGGCUGGUGCCCUUCUACCAGAAAUUCGGCUUCAGCCUUGUGGGCCGGUGCGCCAUCAAGCUGGGCUCCUACACUUUCAGUGAGCUCCAGCGCUCCAUGCGGGACCAUGCCUCCCGGAGGAGGAACAGCGGCUGCUGAAGUCUGCGUUCCCCGCUCUCCCCCCCUCACCCCCCUCCAACCUGGCUGUGAUCCCCAGAGGGCCCGCAGCCAGGUGCUGGAGCUCUGGGGAGGCAGGAUGGGGGCUCCCACCCAGCCCCGAUGUCCCCUUUUGUCCCCAGCCCAGCUGCCUGGCAACCGCGGAGGCGGUACACCUCCCUCCCAGCCUGUCCUUGUGCGGCUCUCUGGACCCCCUGCAUUCCAAAUCGCCAGAGGUGGGGAGAGGUUGGUAAUGGGGGACAGCAGGCAGUGGCCUUGCGCCCACCCCAGCGACUCCUUCGUUCUCAGGAACCAACGGUGGAGCCUCCCGGCAGGCUACACCCUCACCCUCACGGGACGGGCCUGGUGUUCAGAAGGCCCUUCCUCUCCCCAGCCUCACAAUUCCCUUUCGCAUCCUCAGCCCCAGAAUGAGGUGUAGCUGGGCUCAGGAAAGAGCAGGGGCCACCCCCAAGCUCACCCUGUGUACCCUCCACCCCUGGUCUCACACACCCUGAGUCUCUCCCCUCUAAUAAAGUGGU